GGGUAACGCCGCACAUUUAAACCAUUAAAGUGGCUGCAGCUGAACGCUUCCCUUUCUUUCUAUCGUCGCUCCCUCCCAGAAGUGGAAAUACAUCUCAUCACAGAUGAAUUCAGAGAAGCUAUCAGCGUUUGGAUGUGAGGUGUUCGGCAAGGGGAGCGAAGAAGAGCCAUGUGCUGUUGAGUGGAGUAACCCGCAACGAUGUCUCCGACUGAUCUGAACUUUGAUUCAAAGAGAUAUUCAGUCCCGGAGGAGAAGUUCUGAAGAGUAGCUUAUUAUCUGUAUAAUUUGCAGAGUUCAAGAGCUCUCCUCCACCCCGGUAAUCGACUCUCCUGUUGAAGUUGCAGACUAAUUUAGAUGAAAUAGACAAACCGCAAGAAAAAGAAGAAUAAGAAGAAAAGAAAAGAAAAACUGACUGGAUUAAGACCGUUCCCAGCUGCUCUCAGAGAUGCCUGCCUGUUUUACAGGAAUUUACUUUCUACUGGCUCUGCUACAAAUUUGUUCAGGGUCUCGUCUUCGCCAGGAAGACUUUCCUCCCCGCAUUGUGGAGCACCCCUCUGACCUCAUUGUGUCCAAAGGGGAGCCAGCCACGCUAAACUGUAAGGCAGAGGGUCGUCCGACCCCAACGGUGGAAUGGUACAAAGAUGGAGAGCGAGUCGAGACAGACCGCGACAAUCCACGCUCCCAUCGUAUGCUGCUUCCGAGUGGAUCCCUCUUCUUUCUGCGCAUCAUUCAUGGACGCCGAAGCAAGCCAGAUGAUGGCAGUUAUGUGUGCGUCGCCCGAAACUAUCUAGGCCAGGCGAUCAGUCACAAUGCAUCGCUGGAAGUAGCCAUUUUACGUGAUGACUUCAGACAGAAUCCUGUUGACGUUAUGGUUGCCGUGGGAGAGCCAGCUGUGCUGGAGUGCCAGCCGCCCCGUGGACAUCCCGAACCCACAAUUUCCUGGAGGAGAGAUGGUGCCAACUUGGAUGACAGAGACGAGCGCAUCACAAUCCGGAGCGGCAAACUGAUGAUCACUAACACUAGGAAGAGUGAUGCAGGAAAAUACAUCUGCAUUGCUACUAACAUGGUUGGAGAGAGAGAGAGCGAGAUUGCCGAACUCACAGUGCUAGAGCGGCCGACCUUUGUGAAACGUCCCAGCAGUGUGGUGGUGCUGGCAGAUGAGAGUGUGGAGUUCCACUGUGUGGUUCAAGGAGACCCCGUUCCCACAGUUCGCUGGAGGAAAGAUGAUUCUGACCUGCCCAAGGGCAGAUUUGAAAUCUUAGAGGACCAUACCCUGAUUGUGCGCCAAGUGACCCCUUCAGAUGAGGGCUCUUAUACAUGUGUGGUGGAGAACAUGGUUGGGAAGUCCGAAGCUUCUGCCACGCUCACUGUACACGUCAACACUGUGCCCCCUGCUUUUGCAAUACGUCCCAGGAACCAGGUGGUGUCAGUGGGUAGGACGGUCACCUUCCAGUGUGAGGCCACUGGCAACCCACAGCCAGCUAUUUUCUGGCAAAGGGAGGGCAGCGAGAGUCUUCUAUUUUCUUACCACCCACCACAACCCUUUAGCCGUCUGUCUGUUUCCCAGAUGGGCAGUUUGACCAUUACGGAUGUUCACCGCUCUGAUGCUGGCUUCUACAGCUGCCAAGCUCUCAACAUCGCUGGCAGUGUUAUUACCAAAGCGCUGCUGGAGGUUACAGACUCUGGGUCAGACUACCUCCCUCCUGUCAUUAGACAGGGUCCAGUCAACCAGACUGUUCCUGUAGACAGCACAGUAGUCUUGGGCUGCCAGACUGCUGGCUCACCACCUCCCACAGUCCACUGGAAGAAGGAUGGUGCUGUAGUGUCUCUCAUGGACUCGCGGAUGUCCAUAACAGAAACCGGAUCACUAAAGAUUCACUAUGCUAAGCUGGGAGAUUCAGGUAUCUACACUUGCCUUGCUUCCAGUCCCAGUGGAGAGGCUUCUUGGACAGCACAUGUGCAAGUAGAGGAAUUUGGAGUUGUUGUUCAGUCGGGUCAUCCCACAGACACUCGUUUGAUUCCCAGUGCCCCAUCCAAACCUGAAGUCACAAACAUCAGCCGUACAUCUGUCACACUAUCAUGGAAAUCCAACACCAAUGCUGGUGCUUUGCCUACAUCUUACCUAAUUGAGGCAUUCAGUUAUACUUUAGGCAGCAGAUGGGUGACCCUAGCAGAGCAUGUGAAGGCAGAGACCUUUGUCCUGAAAGACCUGAAGCCUGGAGCUGUCUACCUCUUCAUGGUCAGAGCAAUGAAUGCUCACGGCCUUAGUGAUCCCAGUCCAAUCUCUGACUCUGUCAGAACACAGGACAGCACUUCCACCAUGCAGGGGGUGGACCACCGUCACAUCCAGAGAGAACUGGGAGAUGUUGUGAUCCACCUGCACACACCAACCGUCCUUUCGUCCUCUGCUGUUAGGGUUCAGUGGAUGGUCGAACAGCAGUCCCCAUACAUCCAGGGUUAUAAGGUGUUUUACAGGGCAUCUGCAGAGCAUGGCCAGCCUGAGGUGCAGUGGAGUGUCGUGGAGGUACGUGCUCCACAGGAGGAUGGGGUGUUGAUCAGUCAGCUAAAGAGGGGAUCCAUCUAUGAGUUCAAAAUACGACCCUUCUUUGACGAGUUCCAGGGAGCUGACAGCGAGGUAAAGGUGGUCAAGACACUGGAAGAAGCCCCUAGAAGAGCACCCCAGGGUGUUACAGUUACAAAAAGUGAUGCCAAUGGGACUGCUAUCCUUGUUUCCUGGAAACCACCUCUAGAGGCAGAAGAGGCUGGAGUCAUUCAGGAAUACAAGAUCUGGUGCCUGGGCAAUGAGAGCCGCUACCAUGUAAACCAGUCAGUGGAUGGUUCCACCUUCUCUGUGCUCAUUUCCAGUCUGGCACUGGGAAUUCGUUACAGUGUAGAGGUUGCAGCUUGCAAUGGAGCUGGACCCGGAGUCAAAAGUGACGUUACUUUCUUUCAACUAGACUCUGCCGGCCAGAUGAUGGAUAUCGGUGACAAAAGAGAUACAUUAUCACAGAUCUCAGAUGUGGUAAAGCAGCCAGCAUUUAUUGCAGGCAUUGGUGCCACCUGCUGGUUGGUUCUCAUGAUUUUCAGUGUGUGGCUCUACCGUCAUCGUAAGAAGAGGAGUGGUCUCAGCAGCACAUACACCGGCAUCCGCAAGGUCCCAUCAUUCACCUUUACGCCCACAGUUGCAUAUCAAAGAGGAGAAUCUGUGUGCAGUGCUGCCAGACCUGGCCCUCUCAGCAUGGGUGAACCACUGAACCAGCUGUGGCUGCCAGACAAUUGGCCAAAUGCAUGUGCCAAUCAUAAGGACUGUAGCAUCAACUGCUGCAAUAAUGGCAAUGGCACCAGUGACAGCAACAUGACAACAUACAGCCGACCAGCUGACUGCAUAGCCAAUUAUGGAAACCAUCCAGAAAGCAAACAAGGGGGACAGCUUGCUUCUGAGACACCCAUAUACAGUGAUGUGAACCUCUCCAACAAGCUUGGUGAGAUUAAAACAUUCAACAACUCCAACUUGUGCUAUGCAAGUCCAGGAGGAGAUUCAUCAGCCACAUAUGAGCCCAUUCCAUAUGCCACGACGCAGCUUAUUCAGGCUAGCAUUAAAAACAAGUCAGGUGCUGGUGGCCCUAUAGCAGAGCCUCUGGAUAUACCCUGUUGGAAGCAACUUCCCAGCCUGCCUCCAAUACCCAAGGAGAUGGCAGCACAGAUGCAGUACAACAUGACUGAGCAAAGCAGCAAAGAUCCUCAAGGACAUGAGGGAAUGAUCCACCCUAAAAGUAUCCCAUAUAUUCAGACCUGUGACCACAGCACAGGAGGCUCAUAUCACAACUCAGACAGAGGCAGCAACAGCACCUCAGGGAGUCAAAAUCAGAAGAAAGGAAUACGAGCCCCAAAGAUCCCAAAGCAUAAUGCAGUAAGCUGGGGGGGAGCCCUGUCUCCUCCUCAUGCUAACGCAUGGGACUGUGAUGAGUAUAGCCUGCCCAUGGAAAGGAGUUUUGAUCCAGAGGAGAGAACAGAAAGUUGCCCCUCUCCACCAGCUAGAGGAGCAGUCUCAUCCCCUACUGAAAUGUUCUGCAGUCACCCAGCCGCCAUAUCAUCACAAGGAGACCUAAGCAAUGGCGUGCAUGAUGGGGCCGAACACCUCGCACACACUUACAGCUCAAUCCCUCUCUGCAUGGACACUGAAGGACAGGAAGAGAAUGAGGAAGAGGGCGAUGAGGAAAAAGAUGCAGAGCUGGCUGAAAAGCUCUACAGUCAACCCCACCUCCACCGGAUACUCAGACACCAGCUGCACCACAUCUCUCCGCUCAAGCUGCAACUCAAUGGGCUGGAGCAGACCCCAACCUCCAGCACUGGGGACCUGGACAGAUCAGUCACGGGGUCUGUGGUUAACAGCUGGGGCUCGGCAUCAGAAGACAACAUCUCAUCAGGCAGGUCCAGUGUUGUCAGCACCUCAGAGGGAUCUUUCUUCACAGAUGGUGAUUUCAACCAGGCGGUUGCAUCUUCACGUGAUAUCGUAGGCCUGCGCAUGUGCAGAUACCCAGAGGAGUCAGGCCGGCGACUACAGCGAGCCAGCAGCCCCAUGUCAACAGACAGCAACAUGAGUCCUGCAAUUGCACAUAAAAAACCCAGAAGGCAUAAACAGAACCAUUCUGGUCAGCAGGGCUAUCAACCCAAAGAUGUCUUCAAUGAUGACUCUUGCAUGCCUCUGAAUUUCCCCAACCAGAUGUCCCAUGGUGACUACAAAGCAAGGGGAGCCACGUUGCCUCGGAUGGGCUCUGGGGAGGCCCGAGGUAGACGAGGCAGCACCGGUACUCACAGAGUCAGAGAAAGUACAGUUGAAAUGAAAGAGGGCCAAGGGAUGCACAAGAUUCCACCAGGAGGCAAAGGAAACAACAAACACCGACAGCAAUCAGAAUUUGGGGACAUCCUUCUGUACAGUCGUCCCUCUUUCCCAUCAGGUCAAACUCAGAGCUCUAACUCGUCCAGCUUUCAUGCUUGUGGAGACUCAAGAACCAAACAAGGAGAGCAGGUGGCCCCAACUGGACAGGUGGAGGAGUUACUGAAAAGCUAAGAAGAACAUGAGCACAAGCGGAAUUUCCUACAGCUGCUUCAACGGACUUUGACUUUUACAACAUAGACAAAGACUCGAAAAAUACUGCACAAUGUACAAUAUUGUUUUCUACUUGGACUUUCUCAUUAGGUGUUGGAAAAAGAAGAAAAGAGAAAAAAGUAAUCUCAUAUUUAAGUCCGUGGACUUGUUUAUUGUUAGUUUUGUUUUUGGUGACCAGCUUCCAGGAUCCUAAACGCUGGUUGCUCAGUAAAGUUUUAUGAAUGCACAUUUGAUGGCGGCUGUGAGUGUCUACAAAAAUAUUGCUCAUGGUGACUGCUUGAUGCAGUUCUCAUGAUAUUUGUUUGUCUGUUAUUUUACUGUAACUGAUAUACAGUCAUUACCAGCCAUCUUGUACAUUGUUUACUGCCACAGAAGUGCUUCAAAUUUUAUAUAACAGUGUUAAUGUUUUCUAAGUGAUGUAUAUCUGUCUUUGUAUUGUUUGUUCUACCUUGGUUAUAAAAGCACAAUCACUUAAUUUUAUUCUAAGUCAGUGUUAAUGAACUUCAGUCUGGAGGAGGUCACGUCGGAGUCCUGUUAAUUAUUUUAUCGCUUCAUGUCCGCUUGAGAAAAAGAUUGUUAAUAGUGAUUGUGCAUUGAGUUGCGUACAUUUGAGCUGCUUUCAUUCAGAUUUGAGCUUUCUGUUGUGUGUACUGAGAGACUUGCAUGCAGAUUCAGACAGAGGAGGCUUUGCUUAAUAUCUACACUACUUUGCCUUUCAUUUGGGAAAAUGAAAAGUCAGUUCAUGGACUGGUUCCAUUCAUUGUCUCGCUUUGCUGAGUUUAUUUAAUCUGCUCCUGUGUUUCCCUUGACUUUUUGCAGCAACUUGUGGAGUAGGGCUGGAUGGUAAUUAAACUAAAUUAAAAAAAGAAAUAAAAAACUGUCCAGAUGUUUUUAUUCACAUGUGAAAAUGCACAUGAUUAAACAGAAUGACUGCAGAACUACAUAAUUUGUUUAAUAAGCUUUAUAAUAGUUACUGGUAAUCUUAUAUUCUGAGAAAAGAUAUAACUCAAAAAUGCUGAGACCACUGAAGUAAGAAAUGGGGCUGGGCUGUUAUUGGUUUAUGUUUGAGGCAUUUGCUUGCUAAUCUAUGAAGAUCUUCCACAGAUUAAACUGACUUUGUGUACAUUGCACACUUCCUCCUAUUCCUUUGUUUAAAAAAUAUCCUUUAGAAAUUACCAAGAAGUUUCAGAGUUCAGUUUCAAUGCAUCUUUAACCCGAGAAGGUCAACUUUGGAACACUUUAAUUGGUGACAGGAACUCAAAGCAGCACCCCAACUGCACCCUUCUGGACCUGACUUAACUGGCAGCAAUGCCCUGCAUUUAUUAGUGAUCACAAGGGGGCCAAAAAGAAACUAAACUACUCUUUAGAAUUGUGAAUAUUGCUCAGUGGUCUUAUCCAGUGGUGGUCUUGUUUCAGCAUGUGUACUUCUAGCCAUGUCUCUGAGCCUUUUGUAGUUUUUGACCUUUCAUUGUUAGUUAGAUCUCUCUUCUGGAACAUUUACCAGAGGUAAGAAACAGCCGCCUAAUGAUUAUGAACUCCUGCUCGUUCCUUUAGGCCACGAUCUACGUCUUUAUGCAAAUUAAUAUCGCCUAAAAUUUAUUAACUCUUGGAUGUAUUCCUUAUUUUAUGGUUUGGAUUUGUAAAACCUUUAUAGAAAAGAAGAAGGGUCAGAAUAUUCACUUGUCUAAUAAAAUGUGACCACAGUGUAUAGAUGUUAAGGUUUCUUCAGCCUUAAAAUGCUUUAAAGGAAAAAGACUUUAUCAGGAGAAAUGUUGUAAAUUAAUUCAAGAGUCAAGUAAAUCAUCUGUUUUACCCUUCAUAACGGGAAUGUUGUGCUAUCGAAUUUGGUUAUUUUUCCAGCCCUAUUCUGUAAGUCACAUAUGGAAAAAUAUGUGACCUUAACCACAGUCUUUGAAUAAAUUUUACUGUAACUUCAACAACAAGAAAUGAUCUCUGAUUUAAUUUCCUUCCUUUAACCUGCAUUCAGGAGCUGUUUCUUUUCAGUCGUGUAUAAUAUUUAGCCCCUUUAGUUUAUUCUGUGACAAACUGUGUUUAACGUUCUGGGUUUAUGAAAUGUAAACAUUUCCCAAACAAAGAAGGAAAUAAUUUAAUUUAAU